CUACCAUGUCCACCACCAAGAGUCUCCACAUCAACACUCCUCUGAGAGAAAGCAUCCCGCUCUCCAAAGUGGCUGGCACCAAGGUCUACUUGAAGCUGGACAAUGCUCAGCCCACUGGCUCUUUUAAGAUACGUGGCAUCGGGCAUUUUUGUAAAACGUGGGCUGAACGGGGCUGCAAGCGCUUCGUGUGCUCCUCAGGGGGAAAUGCUGGCCUUGCAGCUGCUUACACUGCCAGAAGGCUGGGCAUCCCAGCCACCAUCUUCGUCCCCACUUCCACACCAGCCUUCACCAUAGAGCGUCUGAAAGAUGAGGGGAGCACAGUGUGCAUUGUGGGAGAGAUGUUGGAUGAGAGCAUUGAACAAGCCAAGGAGCUUGUGAAGAACAACCCCGGAUGGGUCUAUGUGCCCCCCUUCGAUGACCCUCUCAUUUGGGAAGGGCACAAGUCCCUGGUCAAAGAGUUAAAAGAACAGAUGGAAUCCAUGCCUGGAGCUCUGGCUCUCUCUGUAGGAGGAGGAGGGAUGCUGUGUGGGGUGAUACAGGGACUCCGAGAGGUGGGCUGGGCCAAUGUACCUAUUAUUGCCCUGGAGACCAAAGGAGCCCACAGCCUAAAUGCUGCCAUGACAUCUGGGAAGCUGGUGACACUUCCAGAAAUUACUAGUGUUGCUAAAACCCUUGGGGCGAAGACCGUAGGAGCAGAAGCUCUGAAGCUGGCUCAGGAGUACCCUGUUUUUUCAGAAAUCAUCACAGAUCAAGAGGCAGUGGCGGCUGUUGAGAAGUUUGUGGAUGAUGAGAAAAUCCUGGUGGAACCUGCCUGUGGGGCAGCCUUGACAGCCGUCUACAAUGGAGUAGCCCAGAGGCUGAAAGAAGAGGGCAAGCUCAGUCCCCAGCUGGACUCCUUGGUAGUUAUUGUGUGCGGUGGCAACAACAUCACAUUGGCACAGCUGCAGCGCCUGAAGGAGCAACUGAGCAUCCAGAACAUCAUGGCAGCUUAGACAGAGUGGGCUGUAACUGAAUGGAGCUCUUUGUCACUAAGGUGGAGAGGGACACACCUCACACGGAGCUCCAGGCAACAUUUGUGUUUUAGCUGUGGUGCUUUAAGCACUUAUCUCCUGGCAUGAUGGGAAAAAACAUGGGCUUAUUAAAACUCAUAUAUCUUCACCUCCACUUCCUCCCAAGAUCUGUGACACACACAGGUGGGAGAGCAGGAACAAAACUAAGGGAAACAAUAACUUAUGCCCCCUCACCUCAGGACUUGGCUGAAUCACCAGCAGGUAAGAAUCAUGGGAUCUCUGGUUCAAUCCCAGUUU